GCCGCAUGCUGUGCACGUCAUUGUUUUGAGCAAUACAGACCACCUGACCGUCUUUUCGCAUGUCCGCCGCGAUCUGAAUUUAUUUCAUUUUAUUCAGAAGUAAGGGACCUAAUAAAGAAGCCUAGAAUGGACCUUGGCAUCAAGGCAGGAGACAAGGUGCUCCUGGUGUGGAAUCAACCAUCAUCCCCUUUGGCCCUCAAAGAGCUGGCGGAGAGUGUGGGUGCAUUCAUUGGAACCGAUGGCAAAAUAUCAGUCGAGAAUAUGGAAAUGCUGUUAUUAUCCUCCCAUAGACCUUCCUCCUAUGACUGGGUCCUCUCCUGCCUUCUCACUGACAGCUCGUCUGUCCACAGCUCAGAAACGCUGGCGGAAAUGGCCCGGGUUCUCAAGCCUGGCGGGAAGCUCAUUAUGGAGGAGCCGGUCACAGGAACUAAUGGAUACAGUGUGAGGACUGCUGAGAAACUGGCAUCUGUCCUGAAGCUGUCAGGCCUGACGUCUGUUGCAGAGAUGGGUAAAGCAGAGAUGAGUCCAGACGCACUGAGCUCUCUCAGGAGCAGCACUGGCUACCAGGGGAACUCCCUGCUCAGGGCCCGCAUGUCGGCCGCCAAGCCAGACUUUGAAGUGGGCUCGUCGAGCCAGCUCAAACUCUCUUUUGGGAAGAAGACGCCUAAGCCAGCCGAGAAACCAGCCCUUGAUCCCAAUGCUGCCAAAAUGUGGACCCUCUCAGCCAAUGACAUGGACGAUGAGGCUGUGGACUUGGUGGAUUCUGACACUCUGCUGGAUGAAGAUGACCUAAAGAAACCCGAGGCCUCCUCCCUCCGAGCCACUUGCGGAGAUGGGGCUGCCAAAAAGAAGAAAGCCUGCAAAGACUGCUCGUGCGGCUUGGCUGAGGAGUUGGAGCAGGACACCAAAGGAGUGCAGAAGGCCAGCCUACCAAAGUCUUCCUGUGGAAGUUGUUACCUGGGUGAUGCGUUCCGCUGUGCUAGCUGCCCACAUAUGGGUAAGCCAGCCUUCAAGCCAGGAGAGAAGAUCGUGCUAGACAACAAUACCCUGACCGAUGCUUAAAGACCCAGAACCAUAAACAAGAAACACAACUUGUUGCACCAAACCCAUUUCUGACCUCUAGGUUACAUUCCGCCACUUGUUACAUGAAAGCAGUGUUGGUUUAGGGAGAAAAUGAUUGACAUGGAUGGCAUUUAAAUUGACAAUUGAUCAAUUCUAAGUUAAUGACCAAUGCUUAAAAUCGAGUUCACUUACGCACCUACUCUGAAUGUCACUCAGUUUGGAGCUGCAAGUGUCGGGUAAAUCACAAUAGUACAUCUAAUCAGUCACGUGAACUGUUUGUUAUUGAAGGAUGUCAAGGUUUUUCUGAUUUAGUUAGCAUUUGUGUCACUUUAAUAAAAAAUCCUUUGCAGAUGCUGGCUCUAAAUGAAGUUGAAGUUAGUCAAGUCAAUCAUUACCUUAAUGAGAGCACCCAAAUUUGAAUUUUCAAGCUUCAUGUAUAUUUGUCUGUAUAGAUGAAGAUUUUGGCAAAAUAAUAAAUGCACUUGAUUUGAAUGAGGUUUAUUGUAAUGUAAAGCAAACAAUCUUUUCAUAAAUACGGUAAAAUGUUACAAAAAAGGUACAUUCAUUAGCUAUUGUUGAAGUCAUGUAUAGAUACGAACGCCAUAAGCAAAGAUUACUAGACCAUUAAUUAAGAUAAUGCUUAUUAUUUCAUUAACUUAUAUUAAAUGGUUAAUUAAUGUACUUGGUAAAGUGUUACCAUACCUUUUUGUAUUUUUAGUAGUUUGACUUAACCAUGAUCGAAUUUCACCAUGAAUUGACAGCUUCUAUUCUUUGAGAAUGGUUAACCUUGAAUACCUAUUAGUUCGGCAAAAAUAAGUAGGCAAGACAUUCCGCUCAAACGCUAGCAAUAAAAAAAUUGUCUUAUCCCACGUUUUUGGAUUUUCUAUCAAUAGAAAGAU